GACGGAGGCAGCUUUUAAUGUCCCAGUUAGACAUUAGGAAGUAUGAAAGAAUAAAAAAUAAUACAUCUGUAUACACUGAUAAGUUGAUAGCGACUUUAUUGGCACUAGGUUAGGUUUAUAAAGUAAGAUCAUCAGAGAAAGCAAUAAUAGCCUUUGAGUCUUAUGAGUUUAAAAUCUUAUAAAGUAAACAGACUUGGCAUUUCAACAGAUUGCACAGUACAGUUGAUAAGAGAAUAGCAAUGUUAACUCAUUUUAUGUGGGUACCCAGAACACAUGGGAAUACAGUGAAAUCAAAUAGAAAUAUUUAAUUGAGCAGAUCACAAGGAACACAUUUGAUAUUGGAAGUGUGUCAUUCGAAAUUAAAAUAGAAAAAUUAAUUUAAUUUACAAUGUUGCUGUGUUUCAAAUCAGCGUAACGGGAAGAAAACAAAACGAACAUAAAAUGUAGAAUACUUAAAUAAACUCUAAAUCCCGUGCUGUUACUGACGUCAUCUUUCGUGGACCGCUUUGGUGACAACAGCGGAAUGCGACAGCUUGAGCAAGACUUCCAAAACACUACAGGAAUACGUCAAAUCUGUUUUUAAAAAACUACCAAUGGAAGUGAGACCGUGGUUUAAAAACUAUUGCAACCGUGAUCUAACGGGUUAGCAACCUGACGCGAGUCGAGACAUUAGAUAACCAAACGUUCCGAGACCUCCUCGCGAGGUCCAAAUCAUAUAAACUGGAAAACAGCUGAAUUAUUGGGCGAAAUACUCAUGGCUAUAAGCAUGGAUGUCAGUGUUUCUUUUCUUAAGUGCGAACUCGCCUCCACCAUCGACCAGGCGGUAAGAUACGCCGUUGAAACGGUUUUAAAAGAAACUGCGCGAGUUGUUGGCAUUAAACUCGCAGCGGCUCGUAAUGCUGCCGUAGAGUCGCACCGUGAAAACCAGACCCUGCGCGAGAGGCUCGAGAUCUCCGACAGUGAGCUGAAAGCGGUGCGUUAUUACAUGACCGCGGCUGAAAAAAACAUCAAACAUUGUUUACAACUGAAUAAAAACCAGCCCAGGUCGAACAUUGCGCGCACAAACGCAGACGAUUCACUCUUUCUGUUUUCAUCACAUGCUUCCGACGGAGGUUCUUUAUCGCAAGGCAGAGAUUCCUCACGCAAGACUUUCCGAAAUUCACCAGGACGAACACACAAUUCCAAAAAUGUCCCUAGUGCUGGCCUCUGUCCACCCACAAUACAGCCAGACUGCCCUCGGGUGUGUGUUAACCGCAGAAGGACGCGAGGAUUUUCAGAAGGCAAUAAUUCAUCUGUUGUAAGUGACCCGACGACCUCUCAAGCCCAUGCGGAACACACCCUCUCUCUUCUGAGACCAGAGGACGGAACAGAGGAACAGUUCUACAUCACAAAUGAGGGUGUCACAGAAAAAGGAAACUGUUCGGCGGUGACUGAGUCCACGCAUCCACACGAGGAGACAGAAAUUCCAGGCUUAUCCACAAACCCAACGGAUGACCCAUCUGACAUCACAAAAUUUGAGUUUGAAAUGAGCACACCUGCAGGAAAUGUAAAUGAACUAGAGCUGAUACAGGUGAUGGAAGACUCCGAAGAUGUCAAACAAAGCGCUGUUAAAAUCGAAAGCGACCCCGAUGCGCUAACAUUAGAGCCACCUUCAUCCGACCUAACUGUAGCUCCAUCCGUGCAAAUGUUGCCUCAGCUUUCCUCACCACCUGUACUGGAGAGCGAAGGGGACGCUUUGCUAUCCUUAAUGCGUCCUGUGGGUAGUGACUCAGGGGUAGGUGGAAAUACAGAGAGCGCUGAUAAACUUCACUGCUGUAACAUUUGUGGCAGGGGAUUCAGACGAUUCUACUGCUUGAAAACGCACCAACGCAUACACACGGGAGAGCGCCCAUAUCCUUGCAGAUACUGCGAGAAACGCUUUAGACAUUUAGACAGCUUACACAAACACCAACGCAUUCACACGGGAGAGAGGCCCUACCGCUGUGCACAGUGUGGAUGCUGCUUCAGAGAACUGGGUCAACUCAAAAAGCACAGACUCAAACACUCACCCACGUAUGUUCCUGCGGCCCAUCCUGCCUUUUCUCUCCCCCCAGCUGGGCCCUCUUAUGUCUGGCCACAUCUUAACUCCCAGUCUUUGGAUUCGGUCUGAUAACUGGAAGAAUCAAUAACAUUGACUAAUAUUGCGAACAGAAGACAGAAACUUUUAAUGAGGAUAUAUCUGUUGUGAAAAAUGACUUCUUAGUUAAAGUUCAUUCAGUAACAGAUGCUCCAAAAGCGUUUGCACAAUUCCAUUACUGUGCUUAGAGCAAUUGUGUAGGUAUUGUGUGAAUAGUUAGAAAGUUUCUUAUAAGCGUUCCAUUUUUGUAAUAGUGUGCAAAAUACCUCAUUCUGUGUGCCAUAAUUAUUACCCAUGAGGUAUUACUUCAUUCACUAUCAUCUUACUCUUCAGAACAUCUAAAUGAGUUCCAAAUGUCAUUAAACUCUCAUUAAAACCACUUUCUCUGUGAUUGCCAAAUGUGUUUGGUCUUGAAGUGACAGUUCACUCCAAAAAAAUAAUUCUGUCAUCGUAUACACAUCCUCGUGUCCAUUUAAUGACUUUCUUUGAUCCACAG